GUCCUCUUCCACUUCCAAUUAUUGGAAAUCUUCAUCAAAUAGCAUUUCAUAAGAUAGGCGAUAUUGAUAUUGGCACAUGGUCUUUUUUUCCUCUUCGCAAAAAAUACGGGGAAACUUUUGAAAUAUAUUUAGGAUCUGUGCGUGCUAUAAUCACAGGUGAUCCUAAAGCUUUAGAUAAAGUUUAUAACUCAUCUUCAAAAAACAAUUUUACUAUUCGUCCGACAUUGAACGGACUUUCUGAAUUAAGAACGCAUAAUGGUCUUCUACUUAAUAAUGAUGAAAAAUCUUGGAGUCGAAACCGGAAAUUUAUCUCUCAUACUUUACU